AGCUUCGUUCAGAUCUCGUACCCAAUCAGGGUACGCCGGCGCAACGGCCCGCGCGCCAACGACCGGCCAUCUUGUGUAACAAGGGGCACGCCAAGCCUCAUCCUACCUCGAACCUCCGACGAGUGCGGACCUCUGUUUUAUGUGUGCGACAGUGUACUUAUGUGAAUAGACUUCAGUAUUCUGAUAUUGGUGUCAACUCAUUCCAAGUCUAACUUAUCCUAGUGUGACUGUGGAGAAAUCUUACUGGGGGCUCAGCCGACCGACGACGACCUGCCAUGAACAGUGACCGCAUGGAAAGUGAACCCCAACUGGGACCAUCUAACGCGAACGCGUCACCGCAACCGGUAGCGUUAUCGCAGCAACGGGCGACAGCCAAUCCAUGGAAUUUCCUCAUGCUAAACGCCAUUCGUACGUACGCGACAGCGAACGGGAUUCCAAACGCUAACGAAGUGCCACGCGAUGAACUCAUCAGCGCACUUCAAGCCAGAGGCGCAACGCCACUCAACAUCAUUCUCGGCUCACCGCCGGAUUAUCAAACGGGACCCGGGUCUACAGAACUGCUAGCAUGGUCGUUGCUGCGCAGACGCGUGGACUACCCGCACCAGUCGCCCAACGAAAGUAUUGAAAUGUACCUACGACGCCUGGACACCGCCUUUAAACACGACGGAACGCCAAACUUCACGCGAGUCGACUGCCUAAUCGGGCACUCCCAGCCGAAAGUAGCGGAAGCAGCACAACUCCUAUACGACCAAGGAUUCGAGGACUACGACGUCAUCGCGGAGAAGCUCAAGGCCAGGUUUGGUUUAUCCCCAUUUGAACACUUUACCAGGUUCCAGCAGUUCCGACCGGCGUCCAACGAGCUAUUUUCACAGUUCGGUCCACGCCUAAGCGACAAAUACCUCCGAUAUCUCGCCUUACCACCCAACGAGGUCGGGCUACAUGAGACCGCCAUCAUGCGGGCUCUUAUCGGACAACUAUUGUCCAUCACCACCGGCGGGCUUCACGCUCAACUACACGCGCGGGCGACAGCCGACCGCUCCCUCACAUGGGACAAAUGCCUGGCGAUAGCCGACGAAUACAGACGGACGCAUCCGGCUACACCAAAACCGGCCGCAUCACCGGCACCGCAAUCACCCGCCAACCGCCCACCCCAGACGACGGCAUCCGGAGUCACGAAAUACUACUGCGACAAUCACCAGCGGUAUGUGUUCCACAGCACGGCGGAGUGCACGAUGUCACGCACGAGCUCACGGGCAUCCACGCCGUCCACAACGGCUAACAGACGCCCCCUGCAAAGCUGUUCAUUUCAUCCGGGGCGCAUGGUCGCACAUUCAACCGAGGAAUGCCGGAACAACCCGGCAAACCAGGACAUACCGCAGCAACAUGUCCGGGAAACGGGAAGAUCGGGCAGUGACGGCUGUCCUCUGCUCGAUCCCCACGCCCACAGACGACAGCCUGACCAUCAUCAUCACCAUCAAAAACAAACGGGUGACCGCCCUGAUCGACACCAUUGUUACAACACAUCAUCGACAAUUACACCCGCGCGGAUGCAGCGAUUCCUGGGCCUCGCCACCUACCUACGAGCCCAUGUGCCGACCAACUUCGCACAAUUGGAGAAAGUCCUACGACUUACAAUCCCAGUCAAACCGGCGACAGCCAUCAUCUGGUCACCAGAGGCGACUGAAGCGUUUGAAGCGCUAAAACAAGCGAUAGCAAACGCCGCUCGGCUGGAACGGUUCGACCCAGCAUGGGACACCGAAAUCCACUGCGAUGCGUCCGCAUCCGCAAUAGGGGCCAUCCUCGUCCAAAUC